AUGAUCCACCGUCUUGAAACAAAUAGUCUACGCAACGUUGCGAAGUUUUUUGCGCAUUUACUCAGCUCGGACGCCCAUCCCUGCAUGUAUGUACGCCUGACGGAAGAGGACACCACUUCGUCUUCUCGGAUUUUCCUCAAGUUCCUUUUCCAGGAAUUGUCACAGCAGCAACUCAAUGAUCCUGCAAUGGAGAUGCAGGGCUGUUAUGAUUCUAUUUUUCCAAAGGAUAAUCCCAAGAACACCCGCUUUGCCAUUAACUUUUUCGCAUCCAUUGGGCUGUCGGAUGAAGAUGAACAUGAGAGUGCUAGUUCUGAGUCUGAUGAAAGUGAAAGUGAUAGGAACAAACGACACAACAAGCACAAGCGUAUGCUACAGAGUGAAAGGCGCGAAAGACACGAGCAGCACAAGCGUAGCAGUGGAAGUGAAAGGCACAAAAAACAUAAACGGCGAAAGACACAGGCAGCACAAGCGUAG